UCCUCCUUAUCCGAGAUAGAAUCGGCGUACGGUGAACGAACGAUCUGAUCAGUGAUACUACUGAUGGGGAAAAGCGAUUGACCGGGCUAAUGAAACGCGCGAAGUAUGGAAUUUUCGGGCCGAUAUCUCCUAAGGAUCGACAACAUUACGGAACUGAUGAACCUAAGCGAAUCCGAAUAUGUAAGAUCAAUCUGGGGACCGAAGCAUUUACCACUGAAGCUCGUGUUGCCGAUCACUUUCGUCUACGUCGCGAUUUUCGUCACCGGCGUGUUCGGCAACGUGGUCACUUGCAUUGUCAUCAGGCGAAAUCCCGUCAUGCAAACCGCCACUAAUUACUAUCUAUUCAAUUUGGCGAUAUCCGACCUGCUUCUCUUGAUUCUCGGAUUGCCUAAUGAAUUAAGCGUAUUUUGGCAGCAAUAUCCAUGGACACUUGGAGUGGGUUUGUGCAAAAUACGAGCGUACGUUUCAGAAAUGUCAUCUUACGUGUCGGUGUUAACAAUAAUGGUAUUCUCAUUGGAGAGGUACCUGGCUAUAUGCCAUCCCCUGCAUUUGUAUGCCAUGAGCGGGCUGAAACGACCUGUACGAUUCAUCUUAGGUGCUUGGCUACUGGCUCUCAUCUUCGCUCUACCCUUCGCUGCUUAUACCACCGUUAAUUACAUCGAGUACCCGCCAAGAUCUGGUCGUCAUUCCGAGGAGUCGGCAAUGUGUGCCAUGUUACUGCCCAACAUGCCGAAAUUCCCACUUUAUGAACUCAGUUGCCUCAUAUUCUUCCUCGUACCAAUGUUGUCCAUAGCGAUGCUGUACGUGAGAAUGGGUCUACGAAUACAAAGUAAUGGUCUCGGACGCAGCAUCGAGGGUUCCGUUCACGGAGAAACGAGGCAGGCUCAAUCACGAAAAGCCAUCAUCCGAAUGCUCAGUGCGGUCGUGGUAACAUUUUUUAUCUGCUGGGCGCCCUUUCACGCUCAGCGCUUAUUGUACGUGUAUCAGGUGUCGGCCUUCAGUGACAUUAACGAUUGGCUGUAUCCACUCGGUGGUUGCCUGUACUACUUCAGCACCACCGUGAACCCGAUCCUCUACAACGUGAUGAGUGCUAAGUACAGACUGGCAUUUAAAAAGACGUUGUACUGCACACCAACGAGCCCCAUCAUCACCAGGGACGACCUCAGCAGUAUGAGAGAUAGCACGGUGUGCAGAUGUGGAUCCAGAAGAGGGUCCCAGCUAGUUCGCGUAAGAAGUGUGCAUUACCAACGUAGCAUCAAAUGUAACGUGUCGCACACGAGCGCGAUGCUUCGUUCGCCGAUAAGAUUGCGUUACGACGACGAAGACGACGACGUAAGCCAUUGCGACACGGAGAGGAUUCCGUGCGAUGUUCUUACUCCUGACAUGCAGCCACAAGAUACAAGAUCCCCUUUCGUCGCGCAUUCAAGUAACGGCAGGACCAAAUUUAGGUCGGGAGAGAAAACGAGAGACGGCAUCUCACCGAUUGCAGCGAAUGAGACGUGUAUCUGAUCUCUGGCUUAUUCCGACGGAAAAAGGAAAAAAUGUUGUGGCACAAGGAUUCUAAGGACCACUUGCGACCUCGACAAGAAGCAGCCGUGUCGUUU